AUGAAGGUUUUCAUAUCAUUUUUAAUUGUUUCAUUCCCGUUAUUUUCAGUACUAGCUACAGUUGACAAUUUUUUAAACUGUUUUCCCAAUCAUGUAGAAAACCCUAAUCUAAUCUUUGAAGCCAUUUACACCCCCAGAAACUCCUCUUUCGACAAUGUUCUUCGUGCCUACAUUAGAAACCGCCGGUUUCUAACUUCUGAAACACCAAAACCAGUUGCUAUAGUUACCGCUAAGCACGAAUCGCAUGUCCAAGCAACUGUUAUUUGUGCAAAAUCAAAUGACCUGCAAAUCAGAAUAAGGAGUGGCGGGCAUGAUUACGAAGGUCUUUCUUAUAUAUCUAACGUUCCGUUUGUGAUUCUUGAUAUGUUCAAUCUCCGGGACAUAGAUAUAGAUAUUAUGACGGAAACUGCAUGGGUUCAAACUGGAGCAACUCUUGGAGAACUUUAUUAUAACAUUGCUAAUAGAAGCAAAGUCCACGCCUUUCCAGCCGGAGUUUGCCCUACAGUUGGCGUUGGAGGUCACUUCACCGGAGGCGGCUAUGGGAAUAUGAUGAGAAAAUACGGUCUUACUGUCUUUGCCCUACAGUUGGCGCUUUGGAGGUACUCAACCGGAGGGCGGGAUCUUUUUUGGGCAAUUAGAGGGGGGAGGAAGCAAGUUUUCGGAGUUAUCCUUUCUUGGAAAAUUCAAAUUGUUCAAGUCCCUAAUAUAGUUACAGUUUUUCUAGGGUUGGAAAGAAAGAACAUUAGAAGAGGAGCAACUGAUAUUGUUUAUAGAUUGUCAAGGAAAUCUGCUAGUAAAUUAAGAUAA